AUGUUCGGUGCAAAUAGGCCAGCGUUUGGAGGCGCUUCCCGACCCUUCGGCACGACGUCGUCUCCUUUUGGGUCUCAAGCCCAACAACAACCACAACAACAGCAACAACAACAACCGAGUUCAACUUUUGGUUUGAACACAGCAAAUAAUGUUCAGUCGGGAUUUGGCGGGUUCGGCGCUGCUCAAAAUACAACUGCCACGACAAAUCCCAGUAACACUCUCUUCGGUAUGUCCAAUAGCAGCAAUACUUCCAAUGGCCCAUUUGGUAAGACAGUAACUGGCGGUGUUACAUCAAACAGUUCGGGAUCAUUGUUUGGCAAUGCAGCGCUGGGUUCUUCAGGCUCCACUGUGGGCUCAGUGAGCGGUAACGCAGGAUCUGGUACCGCGAUCAAAUCCUUCGCCGCUUAUCAGGAAAAAGAUCCUACUACCGGUGUCGUGAACGUAUUUCAAACCAUCUCUGCCAUGCCCGAAUACAGAAACUUCUCGAUCGAAGAGUUGAGAAUGCAGGACUAUCAAGCUGGGCGUAAAUUCCCUUCGGCAAAUAGUAACGUUGCAGGAACUGUAUCCCCAUUUGGCGCUCAAACAACUAAUACUAACACCGGUUUCGGUACGAUAGGUAACAACAAUUCGAUGCAACUUCAAUCUGCUGGUAGUGGAGGACUUUUCGGCCAGAGAAAUACAACAUCUCAGGAUUCUCCAUUCGGGUCUCUGACUUCGUCAAACAACACUAACAACACUAGUAAUACUUUUGGAAGUGGUGCUUUUGGUGCAAACAGCAAUGCCAAUACCGGGUUCGGUAACACCAGCAAUUCCCCAUUUGGUCUGAACAAGCCGGCAGGCGGCGGACUCUUCGGGCAGUCUCAGAAUUCCGGCUCAACGGGUUUUGGCCAACAAAGCACGGCUUUUGGUGGUACCGGCAACGCUUUUGGUAACACGAACGCUAUGGGUAAUACUGGUGGGUUGUUUGGGCAGAGCAAUCAGCAGCAGCCGCAACAAGGUUUCGGUAGUCAGGCUCCGAAUACUUUUGGACAAAACAACCCCCAAGGAGGUUCAAUGUUCGGUCAAAACACGACCUCGAAUACAGGAGGCCUGUUCGGCCAGCAGCAGAAAAAUCAAGCUGCUGGAGGUCUUUUUGGCAAUAAACCAAGCGGUGGCCUCUUUGGUCAACAGAGUUCCACUUUCGGAUCAACCAAUACCGGAAGCACAGGCUUGUUUGGUCAGACCAGUAACCAGCAACAACCUCAGAGCGGAGGUCUAUUUGGUCAAAGCAGCGCUACACAGCCCCAGCAGGGUGGAGGCCUAUUCGGUCAAAGCAAUACUAUGAACCAGCCGGGCGGGCUUUUCGGACAGAAUACCAGCCAGCAAAGUGGAGGAAUGUUUGGUCAAAACUCCAAUCAGCAAAGAGGGCUGUUUGGGCAGACGAACGCUCAAGUGGGGUUUGGUCAGCAACAGGCAACUAGUACCGCUGGGCCCUUCGGUAGCAAGCCAUCUGGUGGUCUCUUUGGUCAACCACAAACCUCGACAGGCUUUGGCGCUAAUACCGGGGCAACGGGCGGAGGUCUUUUUGGUCAGAGUAGCGCACAGCCCACUCAGGCUGGCGGUGGUUUAUUCGGUCAACAGCAAGGAGCUGUCGGCCAAGCGACUCAGCAGCAGCCAGGCGGCCUGUUUGGUGCCAAACCCGCAACUGGUGGGCUUUUCGGAAACCAGCCCAAUCAAGCUGGUGGUUCUUUGUUUGGCAGUACACAGCAACAACCACAGGGUAGCGGGCUCUUUGGUCAGAGUAAUCAGACUCAACAGCAAAGCGGUGGUCUCUUUGGCUCUAAACCGGCAGGUGCAGCCGGAGGAGGUCUAUUCGGAAGUAAUGCUAGCACUACUAAUCAGGCACCUUUAGGUCAGCCAUCAAGUGGUGGACUGUUUGGUGCCAAGCCUCCGACUGGUGGCCCAACAAACACUGCCAGUGGUGGUUUAUUUGGUAAUGUUAACGCGACUAACCCUGCGGGCUCUGUUGGUGGCGGUUUAUUCGGUGGCACUAGCGCGAAUAAUACUUCGGUCAACACUGGAUUAUUUGGCUCGAAACCCCAAGGCCAAACCUCUGGCGGGUUGUUCGGUAAUAAUUUAACUGGUAAUAGCACCUCAACAAGCGGUGUAUCUGGUGGGUUAUUCGGUUCAAAGCCUGAAACUCUCAAUACAGGUGUUUCUGGUGGCGGGCUAUUUGGUAAUAAUUCUAGCGCCGUGACAAAUAAUCUCUCUGGGGGUCUCUUUGGGAACAAACCACAGCAAGGCAUUCAGCAGUCCAGUUUCCUCGGCAGUUCACAGCCAUUACAGCAGCAGCAACCGCAGCAAUUACAGUCUCAAGCUAGUAAUCCAUAUGGAACCAACGAUUUAUUUUCCAGAGUUGUAGUUCCUAAUUCAAUUACGCAGCCCACGAAGCCCAGUGCUACCAAAGUUAACGCAGAUCUUAAGAAGAAGGCUAAUUUGACCGGUGCUUAUAGAUUGGCUCCGAAACCACUUUUUACUGGAAGAAGUUUGGCUGACAGCACACGGACAAAAAAUGACGUGCUUAUGAUUACAGGUUCUCGCGCACCAUCAACCACCUCUGCUCCAAGUUCAGCUGGCAAGGAGUCGGUCACUUCCGAUACGGGCAGAAGCCUCUUCUCAGCAGAGACUGAUGAGGCUAUCUUAUCAGCCGAUAAGCUGCUGUUUAACCCUGAUAAAAAGUCGUUCAAGAAUCUCAUGAUCAAUAGAAAGAAACUGGAAAAGGAAGUUGACUUGGUUGAUAAACCCUCUGAGGUGAAAAGAAUUGCCUUUGCACCUCAUGAGACUACUGACGGCAAAGCUUUGCCUGAUGGCCUAACCGACGGAAGAGAGAACCUGUUUGACCAGGUUCAAGACAGUCCAACGGUCAAUAAAGACCAGAAAAACAAAAAAGGGAUUCAUUCGACAAAGAAAUCCGGUCUUUCUUCAACGACUGCAUUAGAGGAAAAUGGAUCAAACUCCAAGCUUCGUGGUGUUAUUGGCGAUGAUAUCACUUUCACUGCUAACGGAUACUAUAUCUCUCCAUCCUUAGACUCGUUGGCAUCGAAGACGUUGCCGCAAUUACGUAAGGUGUCCGGUUUGGUUAUUGGACAUAAAGACUACGGUAAGAUUGAAUUUUUGGAGCCUGUCGAUUUAUCUAAUAUACCUUUACCAUGGCUUUGUGGCAAAAUAAUAUGCUUCGAGCCGAGAGCAUGCAUCGCGUAUCCAAACUCAAACAAUCCGCCUGCAGAAGGUGAAGGGAUCAAUGUACGUUCCAGGAUAAGUCUUUAUAAGUGUUAUCCAUCCGAUAAGGCGACAAGAGAGCCAAUUAAAGACGCAAGCCAUCAACUAGUGAAGAGACACAUUGAGAAGAUGAAGAAGCAAAAAAAUGCUAAGUUCGAAAGUUACGAUCCAGUGACUGGCUGUUGGACCUUUAUUGUGCAGCAUCCUGCUUGCUAG